AUGGUGUUGAAACAUACCUCCUUCUAUACUGCUACCGUCGACGAUCCGUCACGCUUCAUCGAUUUGAGGUCGGAUACGGUUACUUUACCUACUGAAGAAAUGAGACUGGCUAUGGCUAAUGCUGUUCUCGGCGAUGAUGUGUAUGGAGAGGAUCAAACCAUCAAUAGUUUGGAAGACAGAUGUGCGAAUUUAUUUGGGAAGGAAGCUGGUUUGUUUGUUGUGAGUGGGACAAUGGGUAAUCUGCUUGCUAUCAUGACACAUUGUCAACGAGGAGAUGAGAUAAUUGUUGGUAGAUUUAAUCACAUCCAUCGCUGGGAGCAAGGUGGCUAUGCCCAGAUUGCUGGAGUCAGUGCUACAACGUUACCAAUGAAUGAGGAUGCCACGAUGAAACUCGAAGAUCUUGAAGAGGCAAUUCGUGUUGAUGAUUGUCACAUGCCGCGAACUAGUCUCAUCUGCCUUGAAAAUACCCACAACUAUGCCGGCGGUCUCGCUCUACCAUUGAAUUAUCUGAAGUCUGUGUAUGAAAUGGCUUCUAGCCGCAAUGUUAGUGUACACAUUGAUGGUGCUCGCAUCUUUAAUGCAGCAGUUGCACUUGGAGUGAAGGUUUCGGAAAUCGCCAAAUAUGGAGAUUCCAUCAUGAUGUGUUUUUCAAAAGGUCUUGGAGCUCCUGUCGGCUCCAUGCUUCUUGGAUCUAGAGAAUUCAUCGAAGGUGCGAGAAGAAGGCGUAAGGCGCUGGGUGGUGGAUGGAGACAGGCAGGUGUUUUAGCGGCAGCUGCUCAUAUUGCGUUAGACAAAGCUGAAGAAACCAUUGAAGAGGAUCACGCUAAUGCCCGUAAACUUGCUCGUGGAUUCAAUGAAAUGACUCCUGAAAGUCUGAAAAAUGAUCUUCAAGUGUCUGAAAAUGGAAUUACUAACAUGAUAAUAUUGAAAUGCAGCAAGAAAAUCCCACCUGCCGAAGUUAAAAAAUUCUUCCAAUCUCAUGGCGUGCUUGUUAUGCUUUUUGAUGACACGCGUGUUCGUAUUGUGACUAACUGGGGCAUCAAAGCAAAUCACGUUGAGAAGGUGCUAAACGUUUACAAGGAACUUGUCGAUUCUGUCUCUAAACGUUGA